AUGGAGGUCACUCUAGUCAACAAUCCUCGAUGCUGGCAGGAGACCUACCUUGGUAUGCCCAUGUCCCGUUCUGAUGCCGCAUCAGCAUUUUUGCCAGCUACGAUUCUCGAGCCUUUUCUUACCGAGGCAUUGGAACUACUCAAUCCUCAAAUUGAGAGGUUUCAACAUCCUGAAAAGCACGGACACGGAGGACAUGACGAUCACGAUGAGCACGGCGGAGAAGGUGAAGGCGGUGAGGAAGGCACUUCGAGUGAAGGUGGAGAGUCUGGAGAGGAUCAAAGUGAAGGCGGCGAGCAAGAAUCAAAAGAAGGCGAGGAAGAUGAAGACAAAUCCGACGACUCAGGUAGUGAGGGUGGAGAGAAGGAUACUCCCAAUACCUCAGAUCAUGAAGAUUCAGAGAACACCAUACACGAGAAGGAGGGAGGUCAAGAUGUGGAAGGUGUACAGUUCAAGGGCGCUACUAGCGGUGGCACCAGAGAAAACGAGCAAGGCGACACACGAAAGCAUAUUCCAGAUGCGAAGGGGUUCAAUAAGAAGAGAAUCGAGAGUCACUAUGGUGGGAAAGAAGGCGAGGCUCAAGAGCCAGAACAGGACCCGAGUGACAAAGACAUGGCUGCUCCAUCCAAAUCUGCUGGAGACAUGGGCACACAAUCGGGAAAGCAGGAAGGACUUUCAAACACCGACACCAAACACUCCACCAACAUUGCCGAGGACCCUGAAAAGAGCACCAAAGGCGAAGGUAUUAAAGCAAAACCCAGUAGGAUAGCUAGCUGUUUGAAUGCUAAUGAGCCAUAG